UCAGAGAAUGUUAUUAAAUGCGACAGUGAGUGAUAAUUUGCCAAGACGAAAAGUUAAUUUUCUACAUCUGGAGGUGUCGCGUGUGAUAUAUUGCAUAUAUAGAUUAAAAGGGUAUAAAACGCGGACUUUUUGCUCAUUCACCAUCCUCCUAUAAUUUGUUAAUUUCGGUUACGGCAAUAGUUAAGAGAAAAAGUCUAAAAUUUACAGUGUAAUUCCAAACGGAAAAUUAGAAAUCGCCACGAAUAUAUGAGUUUUGAAAAUUCAACUUUUUUCAUGCUAAUAAAGUUUUAAACACUGUGCUCAAAAAUCAACAGUUUUUACACCUAAAUAAUUUUUCAUAAAUACUGCAUUAAAAGCCCUAUAAGAUGUUGAGUCUUCAACGUAAAAUAUUUUAUACUUUGGUACUCUGUAUAAGCACCGUAUUCGCAUGGGAUUUCGCCGUCACAACACCUUCGAAAAUAUACUUUUACGAUGAGCACUGGAAGGAGGUCACAACAUCGGCACAUCAGUUUGAAUAUCUCGCUGGCAUCACAUUCGAUGAAGCUGAAGAGAAAAUAUAUUUUAGCGAUAAUCGGCAAAAUAACGGCAGCAUUUUCUCACUAAUUAUACCGCACGACUAUGAGGAUCCGCAUUUAAUAGAUAAAAUGGUGCAGCGUACAAAUAAUGAAGAAAUCCAUUCACUCGCCUAUGAUCCACUUGAACGCAAUCUCUAUUGGAGUGAUAUGGUGAGCAGGAAAAUCUAUAUGAUAUCCGUUGAUGCCAAAGAGUCUAUUAAGCCAAAGGUCUUCAUCGAUUUCGCUAAUGAAGGCACUUUACCUGAUGGCAUAGCCAUAGAUUUCUGUCGCCGUUUACUCUUCUGGACCAAUUCGAAUUUUACCAGUGCCACUAUUGAACGUAUCGGUUUAGAUGGCAAAGAUCGUAAAGUGAUCGUAAAUACAAAUAUGUAUGCGCCACAUGGUAUUGUUGUUGAUCAGUUAACGGAUCGUAUAUAUUAUGUUGUCGAUCAGCAAGGCAUACAUUUUAGCGUGGAGAGUGCAAAUUUGGAUGGUACUGAUCGUCAAAUUAUAUUGAAAGGUGUCAAUAAUGAACCCUUUAGUUUGGCUGUGACAAAAGAUGCCGUCUUCUGGCUUGAUCGUACAAAUCGCGCCAUUUGGAGUCAUGCGAAAUACACCAGCAAAAGUGUAACCAAACAAGCUGCUGAGAGUGAAAAUGAAGAGGGUGUAAUUGAAUCGAUUGAGGAAGGCGCCAAUAUGGUACUACAGUAUGUGGACAAACCACGAGGCAUAGUUGCGCGUUCGAAUUAUCUUACAAAUUCCAUAAAUGAUGAACAGUGCCACGAAGUGGUCAACGCCAUCAAAAGUCGUAUACUCUCAAAUUCGAAAUCUUCCAAUAGCACGCCGGAUGAACGCACAAAUGUCUUGCGUAAAAGUUUUUGCUUGAAUAACGGCGAAUUCGUGACACAAUCCACCACUUGCAUCUGUAAGGUCGGAUUCGACGGUAAACGCUGUGAGAUAAAUCAAUGCAAAAAUCACUGUAUACAUGGCACAUGUGUAAUCUCGUCGCGUGGCCUACCCACUUGUGAGUGUCACCAGAAUUACCAUGGCAAACGUUGUGAACUAAGCAAGUGCGAGGGGUAUUGCUUGAAUAAUGGUCGCUGUAUAGUUGAGGAUUCAGGCGAAGUGAGCUGUGAUUGUAAGGAACGUUUUGCCGGCACACGUUGUGAAUAUAAUACUACAGAAAUUUGUGGUCUUUAUUGUAAGCUGUAUAAGUUGGAUGCGGAGACAAGUGUACCUUAUGGCUGCCAUGACAUUUGCGAUGAACUCAUAGAACGCACAGAAAAUGGUACUCAGACCUAUGCAGUGCCGAAACUCCCGAAUUUGGAAAUGUGCGAACAAGAGAAAACGUGGAAUAGCACGGUAAUAAUUGUUCUCGUCAGCGGUGUUGUCGCUUCCCUUGGCUUAAUGCUUCUAAUUGUGCAUGGCCUGCGUCGUUUCUACAAGCCAGCUCGUCCACGUAUAAAGAAGACUUUUGUCGUGCGCAAACAGGCUGCUCCAUCAACGGACACACCACUCACCAAUCGCCCGAUGGCCACUGAGGCGUGUGAAAUUACAAUAGAAAAUUGUUGUAAUAUGAAUAUAUGUGACACUCCAUGCUUCGAUUCUAAGCUCCUAGAAAAGACACUCUCUCGCAAUUCAAAGGUCAAGGAUGAUAAGAAAAUGCUAAUCAAUGGCAUGGACGAUGAACUUUAUUAGUGAAGCAUUUUGAAAUCGUAGAAACGAUGGUUUCGCUUGUGCUUGCGGAUAUAGUACGCGCGGUCAGGGACUGGCAUACUUCUUCUGCGCGCGCCAAACGAACGAAGAAGAACAUCUACAAAGAGGCCUUACAACGAAAAAUUUGAUUACAAUAAAUUAGAGAAGAGCAUGAUGCAAAUGUAGAACAAAAGAAAAAUAGAAGAUAAUGCCAUGAGAGAUUGAACGAGGAGAAUGAGUGAAGAAUACAGUAAAAAUAACAACACUGCAAGAAUAGAGUUUCUAACGCCACGGACAAAUAUAUGUACAUACUGUGUAGUUAGUACUAGUUCCUCGUCCGUAGGCGGAAGACCGAAGAAGUGCAACAAUGGAUAAGCUUUAAAAAGAGUAGUACACUCUAAAAAGUCACAAAUAGUAAAAAUUAUGUACUUAUUUAAUUAUUUUUUUUUUUGUAACAUCUACUUAAUUUUUUCAUUAUUAUCGCUUUACAAUACAUACAAUGAAAUGCUUAGAAUUUUUUCUCUCUUUUAAUAUUAUUCUGACUGUAAGAAUACGAAAAUAUGAAUUAGAUUAAUUUAAAUUUUUACAUUCAUUUCUUACUGAAAUAUUGCAUAUGAUUUUAAUUUUUGUUUGUUACGUAUUAGUUAAAUAAUCAAUAAAUUAAUAGAGAAUCAACGAAGGCUGUAAAAUCUUUUACAUAAUUGUUGUAAACAUGUAUACACACGUACUUACAUACUUAAAUUUGGCUACUUAAAAUGAAUACGGUUGCAUUGAUUACCAGAAGGUUAAUUAAAAAAGAAACAAAAAAUAAAUGACGUUGUUUUUUUUUUUUUUAAUUAGUUG